AUGUGUUAUACUUUUUCAACUCACUCUGCAGGUUGCGAAUCGCAGCCCAGGUGCUUUCGCCCCUGGCAGACCUUGCUUUGGUCCACGGCCCGUGCGGCCGGGCGCAGCUUGGGAAAUGGAAAGGAAGGCGGUCACAGCUUUCGAGUCGUGACUUACAACAUCCUCUCGCCCACCCUUUGUUCCUGGAAACGUUUUCCGCACUGUAAACCGGAAGAUCUUCAAGAACCUGUGCGAUGGGAGCGAGUGGUGGCGAAGCUGGACCAUGCAAUCGCCUCCAAGCCCACGGUGAUUUGCUUGCAGGAAGUGGAUGAGACUUGGGCAGGGCGACUGCACAGUCACUUCCAAAGCAAAGACUGGCAUUUUGCUUAUGCCAUGACACCCAUGACGUACUUCAAACCCAUCGGAGUGGCCAUGGCCUGGCCGAAAGAUCUUCGCCUUGAGGACUUGCGCUUCCUGCGGGUCUCGGAAGUGCUGCCGCAAGUGGCGGUUCCGGAGGAAUCUUUCUGGCAACGCUUCAAGGCGCGCCUCCGGUCCCUCGUCGCGUCGUCUUCGCCGAAGCCGAGCGCCGCGGGCGCCGCGGAGCCCUGGUCCAUCGCGGCGCGAAAGCAGAAUCGCGUGCUGGCCAUGCGCUUGGAGAUGCCAAGUGGUCAACAUUUUGUGGUGGCCAACUAUCACAUGCCUUGCCUGUUUGAUGAAGCCGUCAACAGGCAGGCCAAGGCCAUUCACUGUGUGCUCCUUCGGGAGGUGCUGAAGAAUAACUUUCCAGAUGACCCGCUGGUGCUGGUGGGUGAUUUCAAUACCAAACCAGAGGACUCGGAGAUGCAGCUGCUGAAACAUGGGCAGCUGGACGCCAAGGAUGUCGCGUUUCCAGAAGCAUAUGAAGGGCUGGAACUGGCAGAUCUCCAUCGGGUCUCGAAAGAUUGGACGCUGCAGAGUGCCUAUGCUCAACGCUGGGGGCAUGAACCAGAGUUUACCAACUACGCCUGGGUAGAGGAUUGUCCUGAAAGCUUCCGCGCCACCCUGGACUAUAUCUUGGUCUCCUCCCAGAUUGAGGUUGUGGAUGUCCUGGAGCUUCCCGACACGAAGUUGGGGGAUCCUGUGUAUCCCACCAGUGAGCAGCCAUCAGACCAUGUGCUCUUGGCAGCUGAUCUGAAGAUUUCGGACGCGGAGGAGCCCAAGAAAUGA